AUGACACAGCCUAAAAUCAUUGGUGAGCUUGCGGUGGUAGCGCUAAAAGCUAUUGUGGGCAAGCAAGAUCCUUUUUGUGUUUUCCGACUCGGCGAGGUUGCUAAGAAAACGAAAACUGAUUACCGUGGCGGACAACAUCCUUUGUGGGAUGAUCAGGUGAAUAUCCCUGUUCCUGAGGGGAAAACCAAAAUGAGAGUGCAGUUAUUUGAUGAAGAUUCGAAGCGUGAAGAUCUGAUUUCGGAAGGCGAAAUCGAUAUCACUAAAGCAAUUACAGAAGGCGAAGCCGACGAUUGGUUCCCUUUGACCUAUCGCGGCAGAAGCGCAGGGCAAAUCUAUCUUGAGUUGACGUUUUACUCGGCAGUAAGUGUUGAUGGAUAG